CAGCUCAGAUGGUUCUGAUGCUUAGUGAGCUUUAAGAAAUUAUCUGUUCAAACAUCCUCCUCUUCCAGUUAUCCUCAUUUUCUCUCUAUUAAAGUAAUUCUCACAUUCAGCCUUCACUUCCAGGCGUGAAAUUGGUUCCUCUGGCUGCAUAUUUCAAGUCUCUCAAGUACAGCAAUGUCAACAUCCCGCCAUUCUUUUAGAAGAAAUAACUUCUUUUAUGUUUAAUGUGAAUUUCACCUCCACCAGGAUCACUUUACAUUCCUUUGGUGGCCUUUACUCUUUGAUGGUGAAUUCCUGCUUUUAUUCAUGCAUUUUUGUAAAAUGUCCCAUGAGUGUACCACUGAGAGACAAGGAGUUUUAUGUAUGGAGAAUUGACUGACAAAAAAACCAUUGAGAAAGUCAGGCAGACUUUUGACAACUACGAGUCAAACUGCUUUGAAGUUCUCUUGUACAAGAAAAACAGAACCCCUGUUUGGUUUUAUAUGCAAAUUGCACCGAUAAGAAAUGAACAUGAAAAGGUGGUUUUGUUCCUAUGCACUUUCAAGGAUAUUACGUUGUUCAAACAGCCAAUAGAGGAUGAUUCAACAAAAGGUUGGACAAAAUUUGCCCGAUUGACACGGGCUUUGACAAAUAGCCGAAGUGUUUUGCAACAGCUCACGCCAAUGAAUAAAACAGAGGUGGUCCACAAACAUUCAAGACUAGCUGAAGUUCUUCAGCUGGGAUCAGAUAUUCUUCCUCAGUAUAAGCAAGAAGCGCCAAAGACGCCACCACACAUUAUUUUACACUAUUGUGCUUUUAAAACAACUUGGGAUUGGGUGAUUUUAAUUCUUACCUUCUACACCGCCAUUAUGGUUCCUUACAACGUCUCCUUCAAAACGAAGCAGAACAACAUAGCCUGGCUGGUGCUGGACAGUGUGGUGGACGUUAUUUUUCUGGUUGACAUUGUUUUAAAUUUUCACACAACCUUUGUGGGACCUGGUGGAGAGGUUAUUUCUGACCCCAAGUUGAUAAGGAUGAACUAUCUGAAAACUUGGUUUGUGAUCGAUCUGUUGUCUUGUUUACCUUAUGACAUCAUCAAUGCCUUUGAAAAUGUGGAUGAGGGAAUCAGCAGUCUCUUCAGUUCUUUAAAAGUGGUGCGUCUCUUGAGACUGGGCCGUGUUGCCAGGAAAUUGGACCAUUACCUGGAGUACGGAGCAGCUGUCCUUGUGCUCCUGGUUUGUGUGUUUGGACUAGUUGCUCACUGGCUGGCCUGCAUAUGGUACAGCAUUGGGGACUACGAGGUCAUUGACGAAGUCACGAACACCAUCCAAAUAGACAGUUGGCUCUACCAGCUGGCCUUGAGCAUUGGGACUCCGUAUCGAUACAAUACCAGUGCAGGGAUAUGGGAAGGAGGACCCAGCAAGGAUUCCCUGUAUGUGUCCUCUCUCUACUUUACCAUGACAAGCCUUACAACCAUAGGAUUUGGAAACAUAGCUCCUACCACAGAUGUGGAGAAGAUGUUUUCAGUGGCCAUGAUGAUGGUUGGCUCUCUUCUUUAUGCAACUAUUUUUGGAAAUGUUACCACAAUUUUCCAGCAAAUGUAUGCCAACACCAACCGAUACCAUGAGAUGCUGAAUAAUGUUCGGGACUUUCUGAAACUCUAUCAGGUCCCCAAAGGCCUUAGUGAACGAGUCAUGGAUUAUAUUGUCUCAACAUGGUCCAUGUCAAAAGGCAUUGACACAGAAAAGGUCCUCUCCAUCUGUCCCAAGGACAUGAGAGCUGAUAUCUGUGUUCAUCUAAACCGGAAGGUUUUUAAUGAACAUCCUGCUUUUCGAUUGGCCAGCGAUGGGUGUCUGCGAGCCUUGGCAGUAGAAUUCCAAACUAUUCACUGUGCUCCUGGGGACCUCAUUUACCAUGCUGGAGAAAGUGUGGAUGCCCUCUGCUUUGUGGUGUCAGGAUCCUUGGAAGUCAUCCAGGAUGAUGAGGUGGUGGCUAUUUUAGGGAAAGGAGAUGUGUUUGGAGACAUCUUCUGGAAGGAAACUACCCUUGCUCACGCGUGUGCCAAUGUCCGAGCACUGACAUACUGUGACCUCCACAUCAUCAAGCGAGAAGCCUUGCUUAAAGUCCUGGACUUUUAUACAGCUUUUGCAAACUCAUUCUCAAGGAAUCUCACUCUUACUUGCAAUCUAAGAAAACGGAUCAUUUUCCGCAAAAUCAGUGAUGUGAAGAAAGAAGAGGAGGAGCGCCUCAGGCAAAAGAAUGAGGUCACCCUCAGCAUCCCCGUGGACCAUCCGGUAAGAAAGCUCUUCCAGAAAUUCAAGCAGCAGAAGGAGCUGCGGAAUCAGGGGUCAACGCAGAGUGACCCCGAGCGGAACCAGCUGCAGGUAGAAAGCCGCUCCUUACAGAAUGGAGCGCCUAUCACCGGCACCAGUGUGGUCACCGUGUCGCAGAUCACACCCAUUCAGACGUCUCUGGCCUACGUGAAAACCAGCGAGUCCCUCAAGCAAAACAACCGCGAUGCCAUGGAACUCAAGCCCAGUGGUGGCGCUGACCCCAAAUGUCUCAAAGUCAACAGCCCCAUAAGAAUGAAGAAUGGAAAUGGGAAAGGGUGGCUGCGACUCAAGAAUAAUAUGGGAGCCCAUGAGGAGAAGAAGGAAGACUGGAAUAACGUCACUAAAGCUGAGUCGAUGGGGCUAUUGUCCGAGGACCCCAAGGGCAGUGACUCAGAGAACAGUGUCACCAAAAACCCAUUAAGGAAAACAGAUUCCUGUGAUAGUGGGAUUACAAAAAGUGACCUUCGUUUGGAUAAGGCUGGGGAGGCACGAAGCCCAUUAGAGCACAGCCCCAUCCAGGCUGAUGCCAAACACCCCUUUUAUCCCAUCCCCGAGCAGGCCUUACAGACCACACUGCAGGAAGUCAAACAUGAACUCAAAGAGGACAUUCAGCUGCUAAGCUGCAGAAUGACUGCCCUGGAGAAGCAGGUGGCAGAAAUCUUAAAAAUACUCUCAGAGAAAAAUGCACCCCCAAUCUCUUCUCCAAAAUCCCAAAUGCCUCUCCAAGUACCUCCUCAAAUACCCUGUCAGGAUAUUUUUAGUGUUUCAAGGCCUGAGUCACCUGAAUCUGACAAAGAUGAAAUCCACUUUUAAUAUAUAUAUACAUAUAUAUUUGUUAAUAUAUUAAAAACAGUAUAUACAUCUAUAUACAUAUGUGUAUAUAUACAGUAUAUACAUAUAUAUAUAUUUUCACUUGCUUUCAAUAUGAUGAACACAAUAUGGAUUUUGAUGUGUAAAUAUUGCAUGUCCAGCUGGAUUCUGGCCUGCCAAAGAAGAUAAUUAUUAAAAACGUAGAUAUUGCUUGUAUAUUAUGCAGUUGACUGCAUGCACAAUUUACAUUUAUUUAUAAUCUCUAUUCUGUAAUUUUUAAAAGUAUGAUUUUUGUUAACCAAGGCAGUGUAAUAGUUGAAGAAUCAGGGUCCAACCUGCCAAUGUUGCCAUGACAAAUUUGAUCUCAGGCUGAGUAUACUGAUCUGUCAUUUCCUCACUCUUCUGUUAAGUUAAAAUUAUAAAUUAAUGCCAAGGAAUCAUUCAACCUUUUAAACUAUUAGUGCCAUUUUAUGAUUUCAUUCCAUAGGAUAUUUUUCUGUAACAUAGUAUUAGGUUAUUUUCCACAACAGACAGUAUUUGCUCCAUUGAAAUAACUGUUUUGUUGCCUCAGUCAGACAUCGACGUGGGAUACGGAACUUACUACUUGGGUUUGUGCAUGAAUUGCAUUUUUGCUCAACUGUACCUCUCCUUGUUUAACAUUUACUUAGAUAGUAAACAUUAACUCUUAUGUAAGGAUAUCCCUACUCCCUUCAUCUUGGAUAACAGCCACCAUCUUAUAAGCUCAUGUUUUUCAACCCCAUAAAUACUGAACUAUUAAUAUAGUGUAUAUUAUUAUAGAAAUACUGCACCACAGGGUAAAAGGGUCUUUUUAACAAUUUAUGUUAGAGAUGCUGAUUUUCCAAAGGUGAUGAAUGUUCUAAAUUUUAUUUUUAACUUGCUCAAAAGUGAACUUGAAAGGUUCUUAGCAAAAGAAAACCAAGCAAACAAUAUUUAACAUAUACAAAAUUUAACUAAAAUGACAUAAAAUAAAAAAGAAUAUAAAAAGAUAAGUUUUGUAGCAUAUUUGUGACUUAGAAAGAAUGAAGCACAGAUACAGAAUUGCUCACACCCGAUUCUUACUGCUUGUAAAGGUACUACAUGAAACGUGGUUAGGAAAAAAAAAAAAACAACACUAAAAAGUAGAUGUUAAGUUGUUCAACUCAGACAACUGCUUUUCUAUAAUAUUAUUAUAGUUACAAUUUUCUAAAGCUUUUUUUGCACACGGUUCUACUGCUGGACUUCUGCUGAGUUGAUACAAUUGAGGCUCAGGCAGAUCUGCUUAUGAAAGGAGGGUACUAAAGACCAAAUUUCAGAGUCUUUUGGGCCACAAAUCCUCUUCUUAGAAAGUGCCUAUUAUCAACUAAAAAAAAAGUAACAGAAGAUCGUGUAUAGCUACACUCUCAAAUGCUAUGUAUUGAGAAUAAAAUGCACAUUCAUUUGUAAGAACUUAGGAAAAUUUAUUUCUUUUGACUAAAGUUUAUUUUAUAAAGUUGAUCAGUGAGGCAUACUUUUAAAUUGGUGCAUGAAUGACAUUUAAUAGUGGAAGCAGGGCAGUUAAUGUUUGCAUUGAGUUGAAAAUAUAAAACAGUAAUUUGUAUAUUAUUGGACCAUCUGUACAUAUAUAUUAACAUACAUGAGGUGAUAGCAAAAUCAAAAGAGAUAUUUUGAUGUAUUGUACCCAUUUUUAUGAGCUUUUUAAACUGUCUCCCAGGAUCCCCAAACAAAAACAACAGAACUAAAAGACAAGUUAUGACCAUCUGCCUGGAGAAGUAUAAAGCAAAGUGAUUUGUAAACACAGUUGAUAUUUUAGAACUUCUAUUAGAGCUUCUUCGCAUGCCCACAAGAUGUGCCUCUUUAAUCCAAGAAUUUCAGGACAGAUGUUAUGUGCCAUGGGUUCCAUUUUCCUAUUUUUGUGCCCAUAAUUCCCAUUACUCAUAAUGGAAGCUUUCAGGGUAGCACAUCUUCAUGCUAUGCUACAAUAACUACCUACCAUAGGCACAGGACAAUGAAGUAAUCAUGGUGUAAGAAAUCAACGUUGCAAGUGGGACUCCACUGCUUUCAUGAUGAGGAUGGUACUUUUCCUUGACCUCUGAUAUUUAUUGAAUUUCAGGGUAUUUUCUAUUUAACCAUGUCUGAGACAAACUUGCCUAAGCUUUCAAAAGUGAGUGAUAAAAAAUAAUCUGAGUACAGAAAUGGUUAGUUUAACUUUAGCCACCUGCUUCAGAAAUAGCGGUUGGUGUAAAAGUAUGAGUAACUGAAACAUCAGAGUGGUUUGUAGCUGGCAAUCCAUGCCUUUGCUUAUUAGCAUUGCUAAUAUUUCCUGUGUUCUAACAUUGACUUCAUCUAAUUGACCUACAAUAGUGAUGUUCAUGUAUUGGGAAAAGAAAUAUAUGGCUUAAAACUACUUUAGUACAAAGGAGGGAAGAGUAUCAGUUGCUUAUUUAUGGUGCAGUUAUCACACUAUUCUUCCCAGCCACCCCUGUUCCUGUGUGCAUGACAUGAUGUGGUGCUGAAUACACUCUGCUGUUUUCAGCAGAAAUGCAUGUGUUCAGCAAACAUUGUAUAUAGAGUAAUCUUAUAGGUUCCCAGAUUCCACAACUCUUUCCAGUCAGACUUACUCAGACUUGGGUAAAGGGUGAUCGCUUACUUUAAUAUGUCCACUAAUGAUACAAUCAUGUUCUGUGUUGCCUCAACCAGCACAUAGACAGUAGGUUCUCUCUAAGGGGACCAGAGGACUGCAUGUUUCAUUCUUACGCUGUAUAGAUGCUCUUGGUGCAUCCAGAAUAAAAUUUUUUAUUAUUAUCUUUCUGAACAAUGUAAUAAUAGGAGUAAAUAGAUAUGUAUUUAAAAUUGGAACAUUUUCCAAAGCACCUUACACAUCUUCAAUAUUCUUCAAUAAUAAUGUAUAAGAUCAGAUGCUGUACCCUGGACAGGUGGUUGCAACAUGAUAGCAGAAGUCAAACAAAAAAAAAUGUGAACUGCAUAUCAGGAUGACAAGUUUUAUCAGUCUAUAUUAGGAUAUUAUUGCACUACAUUGAUCUAGUAAAUAGAGGAGCUUAUGAUAAAGGCAAAUAGGAACACAAAAGGCAGAUGACAAUUUCAAAGCAGUUCAUGUACCACAUUGACAUAAACAAUCUUUAGAAUGGUCCAGGCAUAGAUGUUGAAUAGAGACACAGACUUCAUUGUUAAAAUGGAAAUUUUUUUUGUUAUGACACAGGUUUCAUCUUACAUUAAGUAUAGCAGUACAAAUGUCCUUUCUAAUUCUCUGGCUCUGAUCUAUGGGGUUGCAAAGAGUUGGACAUGACUUACUAACUGAACAGCAAUAGCAACACAGACGUCCUAAGUAUUCAGUUAAAAAAAAAUGUAGAUCAGAGCAAGAGAUUUAGAAAGUUUGGGGUUUUAAAUUGUUCCUAAGAACAAAUAUAUAUUCCCAGAGUACCCAGCACUUUAAUAGGAAUAUUAAUUAUGACCACUAAAUAAAGUGCAUUUUGAAAGCUAAUCUUAUUGGAGCCUAAAUGAAAAUCUGUUUUCUGUCCUUAACUUUAAGGAGAUUUGGUUCACCUGUUCUAUUUUAAAUAACUAAAUUCUUUUAGAAAGCUUUAUUUUUCAAUUAGUCUUCAGAGCAAUGAUUGUUUAUGAAGUGUGCAGUGGCUGACACAAGUGAAAUUAUUUGUCAUAUCCCUAAUAAAUGCUACUCUCUUGUAAAAUUGUUAUCUUUUCAUCAAUCUUAUGUCUCCUUUCCAAAAUUUCAUGUAGGUAAUCAGAAAGUUUGUCUAGAAUGUACAUACCCAUACAUGGAUAACUUUAAAAUAGGAAUAUUUGUAAUCACGUGACUGUUGUGUUUCAUACUUUGUUAUGUAUAAGAGUAUUUCUCUUGUGGUCUAGAUGGAAAGGGAGAGAAGAAAGAACAACUGUUUGGAAAACUAGAAUUCAAUCCUAGGAUGAAUAUCUGAGCUCUGUCUUGGAUUCAGAAUCUGUGUCUUUGUCAUAAUCACAGUAACUAUGAGUAGGUUAGCUGUUUUUUAGUGUAUCUGGGCUUCAGUUUCCCAAUCAGUAAUUCAUAAGGUAAGAACUGUCCUCUUCUUAUAUCAAGAUGAUGUUAGGUCAGUGGAAAAUCAUCUUCCUCUUUGAUGAAAAUAACAUUAAAGACAAAUUAUCAUUUUGUUUUGUUUUUUUCUUUCAUAGAAGACCAGCCAAGAUGCAUUUUCUAAAUAUUCUAGGUUUUAGAGAAGACUUCUCUGGUCAGACAGUGGUGAUGAAAGACAUAAGUGGCUAAAUAAUUAUUGGUCACUGACAUGUGAACAUAAGAUUUUAAAAAAUUAUCUGGGGAUAUAGAGCUACUAAUCAAACAUGAAAAGAAUGAAGAACUUUUAGAAAAGAAGAGAGAAAUAAGAGAAAAAGUCAUAUAUCAAUAUUACGAUUUUUCUUAUUCUAUUUAAUCAUAUAGCUCAGCAGAAAUUCUCAAUUUUGUGAGAAAAUGUAAACAAAUUGAGUAUUCAAGGUAUAUUUCAUCUUCAACCUUUUGUAUGAAAAUAAUGACUUACUCAAGAUAGUGGUUCCACAUAGGUAGAUGCUCUUAUACCAAAAUUUUUAACUAUGAAAGAAUCCUUUCCAAUGACCAAUCAGUUUUUCAAUGUGUAUUUUGAACUGGAAAAAGAACAGUUUUAAAAAAGGAAAACCAUUUGAAUUACAUUAGGGAACUACUUAUGUUGUAUCCUAAUGAGAGUGUUUUAAUUUUUAAAAGUUAUAAUUUAUGAUUAGUGAUAUCGAUAACUCAAAGAAGCUACUUAUAGUAUGUAAAAAUUUAUUUUCAAAAAUGAGAUUCAUUUUCUUAAUGAUUGUUCAUUCUGCAAAGACAGGCCUGCAAGCUAAGAGAUACACUCAAACCUGCUGUAUUACGUUUGCUAUGACCCUUUGAGCAAAGAAAACAGCAAAAGCAUGUAGAAACAAAGGGGAAGUUUUAAUGUACUACAAGAGGUAUUUAGAUCUCUUAUUGGAUUUUCUAAUCUUUCCAUCAAAUCAGAAUUUUAAAAUUGCUAUUAAAAAUUAGGAAUUAGAUGUUAUUUUUAAAACAGACACAAUAUCUCAAGUUAAAGGAAGAAUAGUUAUAAAUGUCUGAGACUUCCAAGGAACAUUAAAAAAGGUUUAAGGGGAUAGAUAGAUAGAUCAUCAUUGACCAUGACUUUUUGCUAUGCAUUGUAAUCCUUAUGAGUUAUUUGCCAAGUGGUCAGUAACAUAUUUUUAUCUACUGUGAUGGGCCUGUGGCAUUCCAAGUCACAGUCUUAUUACAUAUGUAUUUGCAUAUGUGAAUAAAUGGUUUCAAUCAGCUUGCUCUCAGUGUAAACUGGUACUUCCUAAAUAUUGUUAGCAACUUCAGUAAUAAAGACUCUUCCAAGUAUGAUAUGACAUUUAUUAUUUUUUAGAGAGCUGAUAUAUAUUAAUUUGACAUUAUAGGAAAAUUCUUCUCAUCUUGGUUUGAGAAAACAUACCAAGAAGUUAUACAUGGGGGACUACAGGAUCAGAAGAAAAAUAGAGUAAGGUUUUAAGCAGGAUAGUCAUGCCAGACUGCAUGAUUUCACAGGAGUCCAGAUCAGGAUUUGCGUUUUCAUAUUUGGAACAAAUCUACGAAGAAUGUAAUGGAGAUUGUAGUUUAGCGCAUGGAGAUGUAAGUGUGGUCUUUGGCAAAGCUUACAGGUACAAUCAGAUCAACUUUUGUGAGUUUAUGUAGAAUUUUUUCCUUUUUUUGACUUCCCUUUGUUUUAAUGGUGUACAUUGCUUUACAUUACUUUUAUUAACUGCUCUGUGUAAAUAUGUGCAGCCUUUUCAAUGAGAAAGGGUAGCUAAGUCUGAAUCUUUCAUUAAUCAUCAUGUAUAUAUGGCUGGGGAGUAGAUGAGGAAGCUUGUCAGGAUAGCAUAGCUAUUGAGAUUUUAACACAGGCAGGCAGACCCUGGAGAUAAAACUUUAUUUUACAGACUACUGUCAUGCAAGGGCUAUCUAGUCCAACCACAAAUUUCAAAUAUUUCAAGAUACGUACUUUAAAAGUUUCCUAAAAUUAAAAUAAUUUUUAAAACUUCACUCUAUGAUAUAAAUGUAGUUUUUAAAUUUUCCAUAGUAGAUUAGAAUAAAUGACAGAGAUUGAACGCAUAACUGUUGCAAGCACAGAGUGCCUCAUCCUAAUAAUGAACUUUUCCUUUAUUUCUCCCCACAAUUGACAGAUAUCAGUAGAGGUAAGUUGCCAAAUGUGGUUAUAAGUAAGAAGCAAGUUGUGGUCACUAGUAUUAAUAUUUCCUUUUCCAACUUUAUUUUAACAUAAAGAGGUAAUGUAUGAUAUUCAAGAAAAACAAGAAAUAUUCAAUUUUUUGCCUAUAAUCUCUCUUAUUUUUUAUUAUUGGUAUUUGAAUGAGACUAUAGAAUAUUUUAUUUUUAAAAUUUAUUUUGACCCACUGAGUUCUAAGUAGAUUAUGCAGAUCUUUUCUUUUUUUAAUUAUACCACUGUUGGCUUCUUGGCCAAACCACUACUAAACACAUUAUCCAAAUGAACUAUUUCAGCUUAGAAUAGCAAUUUGUAUUAUUUCCAAAUUGAAUUAACUUUUUGUAUGUUUAUUUACUUCAGAGAGUUUAAAUAGUUUUCUCUAAUGAAAAAAAUGUUAAUUUUCUUCAUGUGAUUUAUUUAUUCUAUGCUUUGAAAUGUUUUUAAGCUAAUGUUUUGGUAUAAGGAGGAAAAGCAAGGUAUUACAUUAUACUCUGGGAUCCUCGGCCCAAACCAUCUUGUUUUCACUUUGAUGAUAAUACAGUGAGAGGUAACCAUAGCAAAGAUCAGUCUACCUUUUUCAUAACAACUGGGGAGGACCCCGAUGACACUGCAUAAAGCUUUUAUAGUUGGUGCACUUUCAUCCCUGGCUUUUACAUUAUCACUGUGUUACUAUAGAAAUAAGGCCAUGACUUGUGCUACAUCUAAAUAUAUUUGUUCAAGGAAUAGUUGACCUAAAAGUGCAACUGGGCCAGAGUUAUAACUGAGGAAAUAAAAAAAGAGGAGUGGGAAUAACAGUUCCUUCCUCUUAAUGUGUUUUCCUCUGUGUGAUGCUUUUAGAUGUCUAUUUAUUUAUAGAUGGUUUAUGUUGUCAAAAGCAUCGUUGAACCUUUAAUGAAACACAGGAAGUGAUGUGAAAAUUUGUUAAGUGCCAUAGCUUUAAUACAUAUAUAGAUGAGUGCUCCCCCAUCAAUUGAGUUUAGAACCUCUAGAUCUAACUGAGAAGCCGAGGCCCAUAAGUACCUAGCUGGUUGGGUUCUUCAUGGAGUAAAACCAAGAGGAUCUGAUCACUGUCUCAUUCAUGCAUAUGCACUGACUGUUGAAUGAUGAGCCAAAUCAAGCUGAAAAUAUCUACAACUGAUGCCUAAAUAAACCAUAUUGAGUAUUCGUAGUAACCAAAUUAAGUCAUUCACUACCAAAUAAUUUAUCUUCCUCUGCUAAAUCCUCUUCGGUGACAUGAAAUUUAACGUCUUCCUUCCACAGUCAGGCUCUCUAUUGGGAAACUGGACUUUGUGAUUAGGGCAACAUAAAGAUUACUUAGGUCACAGAGAUGUUUGUAUCAUGAAUCCCUCAUUUGCUCUUCAACUUUUUCCAACCAAAGUAUGAUGGGAAGGAUCCUAGAUGAGACCGUGAUAUAGGUAAAAAGGAAGAACAGCUAGCCAACUAUGCAAAAUCAUGAUCAAGAUUCAUUUUGAAUUUCAUAUCAAAGAUAUUUUGAUAGACCUGGGUAUUUAAUAACAAUAUAUCAUAGUCAUGCAUUGCCAGUUUAUUUUAAAAAAUCCCAGUGUGCUUUCAUUUAAAAUCAAGAUUAUUUAAAAUAUUCCAUAUUUAUAAAAAUAGUGGCAAAGAUUGGUUUUUGAUCUCUUCAGAAAUGUUUUCAUGUUAUGAUUCUCAGUGUUCUUUUUCAAAGAGGGUAAAAAUGUCUUGAUGUCUUGUUCCUUCCAUCUUAUCGGCAGCACUGCCAUCUUCCACUGAGCAGUCAUCUUCCUCCUUAGAUUCUAUUCACAGUUAAAGUGAGCUAAAACAUGAAUUUGAUGUUAAGAACGAUGUGAUUGUUACUGCACUGAAACUGGAAGCCAAUUUAGAUCUAUUUCUACCCUAAAUGUCCAUUGUAGUUUAUGGGAAAAGCAAUGAUUCCUAGAAGUGCUUGGUACUCAGACAAAACAAGGUAAAAUGUGCAUAUUUAUGAUAAAUCAGAGACUAUAGAUUUCGUUCUAUUCUAUGCUCUAGUGACUUUGUUUACAUUAGUUGCAGUGUUUUGUAUAUUAUACUGCAGAUUCCUGACUAAAACACUAAUGUUACUAUGGAAAUUCACUUUUGCAAAUUUGUAAAUGUUUUUGCCACUGCAACCAUACUAAUGGGAAUUUGGGGUAUUAAAAAUGUCUGUAUCUAUAAAGGUUAAUUCACUGGAAACAACUGGUUUAUUGUAUUGGCCAAGGAUAUAAUGCAAAAACUUCUUGUGAUGUUUUAAUACCUAUGCUAAGCAGUACUAGUUUGUUCUGUUCAAAAUUAAUUCAUGUUUAAUAGAUCAUUUUUUUCUACUUAAAGGUAUUGCAGUGUGUAAUGCAGAAAUUUUGUAUGUACUAUUGACUUAUUACUGAUUGCUGAGAGAAUGUGUGAAAAUGUUUUGAAUGCUUGUGAUCAAAAUUUAAUUAUUUCUGGGAAGUUUAUGGUGAUUAUCACUUUACUUAAGAUUUGUUCUCAAGAAAAAAUCAUUUUUAAAAAGUGAAUUGGCAGGUGGAAGUUUCUAACCCAAAAGAAUUCUGGGUUUCAGCACAAUAAACUGUAUUUCAUCAGGGAGGAUUAACUUUCAUUUUUUCCCACUUUAUUUAAAUGUGAAUAUUUUUUCAUGAUACAGAAUAAAAUGUGCAUUUUAUGGAA